CCUGCCUGCACCAAACGCUCUACACUACGAUUUUGAUCGUCGCCGAGGAGUCUAUUCGAGCCCCUCGAUCAGGGCUGCAGAUCUAACCCUCCAUGCGAUUUUCGGCCACGAUUGUAAAAUUGUGAACUCUUGUCGAGGCAGCCAAUAGUUCAUCCCGCUUACAGCGAGCCUCGCACCUCAUAUGCCUCGAGACGAUCCAAUGUGGUAUAUACAUCGAAGACGGUUUUGCCUGGCGCAGGACACUACAUAACAUCUUGCCGUUUGGCAAAGCAUGCGCCUCUUAAGGAGUGACCACCAUGGUGGAUUCACCUUGACCAGAGAUUUGAUUGACGAUAUACCGGCCUAUGCUAUUCUCUCACACACUUGGGGCGCAGAAGACGACGAGGUGACCUUUGAUGAUAUUGCAAACAAGCAAGCUGAAGGCAAGGCCGGCUAUGCCAAGCUUCAAUUCUGCAAAAGACAAGCCGAGAAAGACGGUUUGCAAUACUUCUGGAUAGACACUUGUUGCAUUCAUCGAGCCAAUCAUGCCGAACUAUCAGAGGCUAUUAUAUCCAUGUAUCGCUGGUACCGUGGCGCCGCUAAAUGCUAUGUUUAUCUUUCUAACGUGUCAACGACGAGUAUCGAUGAUUGUGAUAGAGAGAGUCAGGCUGCCUGGCAGGCGGCCUUUUAUAAAAGUCGCUGGUUCACGCGCGGCUGGACUUUGCAGGAGCUUCUGGCUCCCAGCUCGGUCGAAUUCUUUUCCCAUGAGGGACUUCGUCUCGGCAGCAAAAAGACUCUGGAGGCUAUGAUCCACGAAAUCACUACAAUCCCUUUACCUGCUCUUCGAGGUGAUUCCUUGUCUAAUUUUUCUGUCGAUGAACGGUUGAGAUGGGCGUUGGGUCGCAACACCAAGCGAAUAGAGGACAAAGCAUAUUGUCUUUUAGGCCUUUUUGACGUGUACAUGCCACCUCUCUAUGGCGAGGGAGAUUAUGCAUUCACUCGAUUGAAAGAAGAGAUCCAUAAAUCAAUAAGAAGCGGGCGUGACAUGAAUGAAGUACGCUUCUCCAAACCAGAUGCAAGCUCAUCUGAUGGCAUCCCUGUUGAUACUAUGGACUGGACCUCUGUUGCUAUAUCCGACAAGCUCGCCACCUGGCUGUCGCCUACCAAACCCAAAGUGCAUCAUGAGAGGAACAGUAAAUGCCGCACAUACGGCAGUGGUACAUGGUUCUUGGAGCGCGAAUGUUUCAAACAGUGGGUGUCCUCGGGCGGUGGAGCCCUCCUCUGGUUACGCGGAAUAAGUGGCGCAGGAAAGACGACGCUCAUGUCAACUGUCAUCGAAGAGUUACUGCGACGAAAUGAUUCCAAUACCAGGGUCGGAUACUACUAUUGCUCAUUUGACGAUCAAGAAAGCCAACUUCCCACGAGUGUCUUUGGAUCUAUCCUGGCGCAGCUGGCUGAUCGAAGCCCAGGGCUUUCUCGAGAACUUACAGAGCUCUACCGUGAGAGAUUCGCUCGGGACGGUGGAAAGCCAAAACCUCUCCUGCUCGAGGAAAUGUUAGACAGUAUUCGCAGAACGUCCCGACAAUAUGGCCAAGUAUUUAUCGCGGUAGACGCAGUCAACGAAGCAAGCGAGCCACUGCUAGUGUUGGAAUCGUUGAGGUCUCUUUCCGAGAGUUGUACAAUCAUCAUAUCCAGCGUCAAUAGCCCGGAAUUUGAGCAGUAUUUACAGCCGGUGCCAUAUCUGACGAUAGAGACGAUACGCAUGGCUGAUAUCCAAGACGACGUCAACACCUAUAUCCGCACCUUCCUUGAAAGACAUGCCAGGAUGCAAGGCUUACCCUCCGAUAUCAAAGAGGAGAUAGUGGUGUCUCUCACGCGUGGAAACAAUGGAAUGUUUCGCUGGGUACAGUGUCAGCUUGUCCGAUUAGCUCACCUCAAAACUCCAGGUCAAAUUCGGACGACUUUGGCUGGGAUGCCGGCCAGUCUUGACAGCACCUAUGAAGGUAUACUAUCGCGAGUCGACGAUGGGGAUAAAGAUCUGGUGAAAGAAGUCCUUCUCCUGCUUACCUUCUGUCUCAGGCCGUUGAGUUUAGUGGAAAUCUGUGAAGCAUUGCAGAUAACAUCGGGUUUGGCGCAUCUGGAUAAGAACAAGCUUUUACUAUUCCCUAUGGACGUGGUGAGCGUCUGUGGCGGGCUGGUGGACUUUGAUGAGGACACUGGGACUGUGUCUCUGGCACAUCACUCGGUGAAGGCAUACCUGACCAGCCCUAGUCGGCAAGGCAGCACGGCAUACUUUUACCUCUCAGCGGAUUCGGCCAACCAAUACUUCGCAGAGAAAUGCUUGACAUAUCUUUCUUUUAAGGUGUUUGCAAGUGGCCCUUGUCCCGAUACCGCUUCGCAGGAUAAACGACAAGCACGCUUUCCAUUUCUCGCUUACGCGGCUUACAACUGGGCAUUGCAUGCUGGAAAAGUGGCUUCAAUGGGCCCAUCUUUAUCAGUUGCGAUGAAGAAAUUCUUCUCGAGUGCGACUUCCAAACACGGAAACUUCCUGGCAUGGGUUCAGGUACUUCUCCCGGAGCAAGAAGUACGAGUGGUCGCAGGAACGCCUCCGCUGUACUAUGCUGCGUCGUUUGGUCUGCUUACUAUCGUUGAAUAUCUCAUCGACAGCGGUGCUGACCUUGAAUCAAACGGUGGGCGAUUCGGGGCCACGCCGCUCGGUAUUGCCAGUUACCGUGGUCAUGCCGACGUGGUGAAGGUUUUGGUGGACUGCGGAGCGAAUCCGUACAGUCCAGAUAGCACGGGAUUGAGUGCCGUGGAUUGGGCAGUCCAUCUAGGACGCAGCGAAGUUUUGGGAAUAUUCAAAUCCAGAGGUUUCGUCAGUGAUCGGCGCAAGAUUGUCUAGGACACCCGGGUCCUUCGGAGACAUCUCAUGUACGAGUACUCAUAGGAUCAGUAGAUUCGCGCAAGAACCUCGUCAAAGUGCGGAGAAGUGAUUCAGCAGGGAUAACCAUAUCGAGGAUGUUCUGAUCGACGACGUGGAUUUGUUGACGACAUGAUGCCAUAUUAUUAUUGUUGCAAGCAACAUUUCGUCCACACUCGACCAUAACAGUCACAGCGGAACGUAUGUAAGCCCAGACACCAUCUCGCCUAAAAUGGACACCCCAGAACAGUUCCAGGCCAUCCUCGGCACGCACGGGGAGCAAAGAGUGGGCAAAACAAGGAAGACGACAGCACUAGCGACAUACGGAAUAAAAGAGAACAGAGUGAUUCCAAGGCCAGCCCAUUGACACCUGACACCUGUCUGCCGCGUUCUGCAAGAUGCCGCUUGUUUGACAGCAUCGAUCUUGUAACUCGGGCGGGAUGACGAAGAUUCAGUUAGACGAACACGAGCCUUGAAAUCAGCCGAUUGGAAAUUAGAUCCUUAACCUUGCUUGUUUACCAUGACACAGCAGGUGGGUGUACGAGCCCAGAAGGGCAUCACUUCAUAGCGGGGGGUCGAAAUGAUGGACUAUUCGAAUCGUCAUGCUAAGAAAACAUAUAAUUACAGUCCUCGUAUGGGGUAGAUAGAACUGGUCUGUGCUGGGAAUAAUAAAUAGUCUGACCUGGAGGAG